UGACCUGGUCUGGGAGCUUUUUAGCGCACCGGCGCCUCCAAAUCGCCCACCUCGGCUUCUUCCUUCUCGACUCCGUCUCCUUGCUCCUUGUCUGAAUUAUCAUACCUUAAUAACUAUUAGUGAUCCGUGGGCUCCGAUCUACGAUUUACCCCAACCAACAAAAUAUUCUUCACUCCACAGCUCCGGCUUCAGCUCCAGCUCCAGCUCCCACUCUCCGUAUCGCACAGAUGAUCUCACCGUGACUGAGACUCUCACAGCCCAGCCUAUCGCACUAUAACGGUUGCUUGUCGCAUUCCAACUCUCGUGUCGCAAGGCGACGACUCAUUGCCACUGAAUUGAACCACGGGACCGCCGCUUUGCGAACCUCGAAACGCGAUACUCCCACUUCAACAGACUAUUUUAAUCAGGAAACCCUUUCACUUCGAACAAGAUGGACCAUAUGGGCUUUCAGGUCCCGGGCAUGGCCCCGCCGAUCAUGAAUCAUCCGCCGCAGGUUUUUGGUGGUUACGAUGGCAUACCGCAGUUGCCCCCAGAGAUUGCUGCGCAGAUGUUCAAUGACUCGGCUAUGUUGCUUGAAGAUGCAAAUGACCCCAAGAGAAGGAGAAUCGCUAGGGCCUGUGAUAUGUGCCGGAAGAAAAAGAUCAAGUGUGACGGCAAGAUGCCUUCUUGUACUCACUGUAUCAACUAUAAGACUGAGUGUGUCUUCACGCAAGUUGAGAAGAAGCGUGCUCCUCCUAAAGGUGCCAAGUACAUCGAGGGACUUGAGAACCGGCUGAACCGUAUGGAGCAUCUUUUGAGACUUUCUGGCCUCCUUGACGAAGAUGAUGAUGACCUUGGCGCGUUAGAGAAAAGGUUACUGGAACGACAAGAGAAGUCGAGACAGGUGUCAAUGCCUGCGGCAUCCAACCCUAACUCACCAUCUCAAUCGACAUCCGGCCCAUCGGCUGCUGCAGAUGGGGGCGAGAUGACCCCUCAAAGCUCACUUACCUCGCCCAAGGAUGAUAAACGCAAAUCAGCAACACCAGCUCCGUCGACAGCUCCAUCAACAGCUCCGGCACCAGCUGCGAAUGUGGAAGAGAUCAAACAGGAAGAUCAGGAAGAAGUGGAGGCUCUUUCAGAGUUGAUGUGUUCUUUAGUAACAAAUAAUUUUGGAGAGACCAGAUACAUUGGGUCGUCAUCUGGCUUCUCCAUAUUUUCACCAAAGGGAGUUUCGUGGGUGAAUUCGAAAACAGGGGAUGAUUCUUUUCAACGGACCAUAUCGGAUAUAUCUGUCGAUGACCACAAAUGGACUAAUUGGAAACCUGAAGUCUUUGGCGACCUAUUCCAACGACCCAUCUUCCGGCCUUUGCCUCCCAAGCCUGAGGCACUUUCACUUCUCCAGGACUUCUUCGACAACUUCAAUUGCAUCUUCCCUCUAUUUCAUCGGCCGACAUUCAUGCACCUAGUACACCUUCAAUACUCAUCAGACCCUUACCAAGGCUCUGGAUGGUGGGCCAGUCUCAACUGUGCCCUCGCGAUUGCCCAUCGUUUGCGAGUCAUGAGCAAUCUGGUGCCACAGGAUGAGGACGAAAAGGCAUGGGGUCACCUGAAGAAUGCCAUCGGAGUGUUUCCCGAGCUGACUAUGCGCAACACCGAUUUGUUGAGUGUCCAAGCCCUUCUUGGUAUGGCUUUGUUCUUACAAGGAACGCCAAACCCUCAGCCCACUUUGCUGCUGGUCUCAGCAGCCAUGCGCCUGGCGCACAGUAUCGGGCUCCAUAAGCGCGGGACGGGAUUCAACCUGAACCCCAUAGAGAUCGAGCAACGGAAGAGAGUCUUUUGGAUCGCGUAUAUGCUAGACAAAGAUCUCUGCCUCCGAGCCGGUCGUCCACCUGCCCAGGACGAUGACGACAUGAACGUUGAGCUUCCGGAUGCUGACCCGGAGGACAACAUUGGCAAUAUCCCCUUGGCAGAUGGCAAGGGUAAGAUGAAUCUCUUCCGGGCUAUGUGUGAGUUUGCCACUAUCGAGAGUGAAGUCUAUAAGAGGCUGUACUCUGUUCAAGCUACAAAGCAAUCAGAUGGUGAGCUACUCCAUACCAUUGGCGAGCUGGAUCACAAGUUGGAAGAAUGGAAGGAUCGCAUCCCGAUUGACUAUCGGCCCGAGCACGACAUCAAUGCCUCGCACACUCCUCUGAUUCUUCACGUUGUCAUGUUGCAUCUUACCUAUUAUAACUGCCUGACAACCAUCCAUCGCAUGUCAGUUGCGCAUGGACUCUGGACCAGUCGGCUGGCCAAUUAUGCCAUUCAAGGUCUGAAUGCCCGACCACUAAACCCGCGGGUGUUUUCUUCUGCAGCACUAUGCACGGCUGCAGCACGAGCUUCUGUCUCGUUGCUAAAAUAUGUGCCCCAAGGCGAUUUUGCCUGCGUUUGGAUGAUUCUCUAUUUUCCUGUUUCUGCACUGGUGACGCUGUUUGGAAAUAUCUUACAGAACCCACUCGAUCCCCGAGCAAAGUCAGACACCCGACUCAUGAACAUUGUGGUCACCUUCCUCUCCAUGCUUGGACAGGAGGCUGAACAGGGCGGUGUGCAUCGAAUGCUCGGUAUAUGUGCCGAGUUUGAGCGUAUAGCAAAGGCUGUAAUCGACAAGGCUGAAAAGGAACAGUCUUCUCGACGCAAGCGUAAGACCCAGGAUACAAAUAAAUCAUCUGCCAACGCUACUACGGCCACGGCUCGACAGUCGAGCACUGCAGAAUCAGCAACAACUACUUCAGUGUCUUCUAAUUCUCAGAGAAGAUCAUCACAAGCCCAGUUAUCGCCUCCCCAGAACGGUGCCUCAAUGGGACAGUUCUCCAUGGGUAGUCCAAUGAACGACCCUUCUCCUUCAGCAAUGUCAGCUGGCUGGCCUCAAGAGUUCCCGGUGCCUCAGUCGGGCGACUUUGACUCAAUGAAUUAUGGCGACACAAACAUGAAUUCAUCUCCGCAGAUUCCAGUGGCGGCAUUCCAGCAGCCCCUUCUUCCGCAAGACCUGUUCUCUCUGCCAAUGACACUAGAUUGGAGCUGGGCCGAGAUGACUACUGGCGCAUACCCAACAGUUGAGAACGGCAACUUUGGAGAGGACUGUAACAAUUGUUAAAGGAUAUGAGAGUAGUGGGUGGCAAUGCAUUUUGAGAUGCAUGUAUAUCAUGUUGUGAGAGGAUGUAAUGGCUGGAUAUAAUGAGAUAUGCGCAAUGAUACUACAUACAAGGCUUGGAAGAUGAGCGAGUAUCGGUUUUUUUCCCCUUUCAAGUAACUACCUAGAUCUGUUUCUUUUUAUUUGCGCGGGAUACAUACGAAGAUUAGCAAGCGAUAAGUGUUGACGGUCAAAUAUCUUUGCGUACGGUCAACCUGAUGAAACACGACCUCCCUGCUUGAAGUUUGGCUCGUCCUCCUCACUCCCGUCGCCCUCUAGGCUGAGGUCUUCUUCCUUGUUAUCGCCUCCUGCAUCGUAACUGAAGAUAUUUGUACGGAGUAUGUGAUCUGGG